CUCUGCGCCAGUCUGUCAGUCACCGCCGCUUAGCAAGUUCGGUUGAAUUAUUGGAAGUUUUUGUAGAACAGCUUGAGAAACUCCUUCCGUGUAAAAUGAGUGAUCAGCAGAGUGAAAUGACCAACCUGGUGGACAACCAUGGAGAACAUAUCAGGAAAGCCAGUUCAGGCCAAGAAGCACAGCAGCCGUCUCCUUUAGCCCUUUUGGCUGCCACCUGCAGUCGGAUAGAUGAAAACGACACCCAACAGGAAGCAGCUCAGAUUGACAUAAACUCCGCUCAGAUGUCUCAGAAUGCUAACGGCUGGCAGAUUAUCCCUCAGCUCAUUCCUCAGAUAAACAGUGGCUGUGAUAAAGGAGUGUCUCAGAAGCCGGGUGGCGGUGAAGCGGAGCAGCAGCAGCAGCAGCAGCAGCAGUUUGUUUUGUCUCCUACAGCGUUACAGGGUCAGCAGGUCCUCACGGCGCUGUCCGGGGUUUUACCCAACAUUCAGUACCAGGUCAUUCCUCAGUUCCACACUGUGGAUGGACAGCAGCUCCAGUUCACUCAGACGUCCCAUGAUGCUUCAGGAACAGGACAGAUACAGCUUGUUUCAUCAGCCAAUGGAAGCCAGCCUCUCAUUACCACAGCAGCCAAUCAGACCACAGGAAGUGGAAACAUCUUCACAGUUCCUGGAAUGAUUCCUUUCCAUAACUUCACAUUAGGAAACUCGGUUCUGACCAAUCAGACGCCAUUUAUUAACAUGCCUUUAGCACUCAAUAACAUCACUCUGCUUCCUGUUAGCACAGGAGCUAACACAGUGAAAAGUGAUGAAGUGUCUAAUGGAGCCAAUCAGCAGCUCGUCCAAAGCCAACAGACGACAAUAGCAGCAGUGUCCACAUCAGAGUGUGUCAGCAGCACACACACUCCCAGCACACACACUCCCAGUUCGUACACGGACACUGUUUCAGCUCCAAACACCACCAUGACCGCCAACACGUUCCACAACGUUACUGCAGGAAUCUCCGUCCAGUCUGACGGCAGAGACGCACAGCAGAUCUUUAUCCAGCCUCAGCAGCUCCUUCAAGGAACAUCCACUUUACCAACUGUCCAAUCAGGAGCCAUUUCUGCAGGUCAUGUGAUCACCGCGCACACUCUUCCUCAAGAUGGCCUUCAGAACCUGCAGAUCCAGUCGCUCAAUAAUGGGCCGAUCCUGCUGAGGACGGUGGGGCCGAACGGACAGAUCAGCUGGCAGACGCUUCAGCUGCAGAGUCCUGCUGGAGCUCAGAUCACUGUGGCAUCACUUCCUUCUGUGACCUCAUUUCCUGGACUCACACAGUCUGGCACCAUUAACCUGAACAGUGCUGGACUUCAGCUGAAUCAACUACAGGAAGUUCCAAUCACCAUCAGCACAGCAGGUGAUCAGGGAGCUGCAGGAGACGUCAUGGACGACUCGAUGUUGGAUCAGAGUUUAGACACGACUCCUCCGAGUCGCCGCUCACGCAGAGAAGCGUGCACAUGUCCAUACUGCAAGGAUGGAGAUGGACGCACUGACCCCAGUAAGAAGAAGCAGCACAUCUGCCACAUCACAGGCUGUGGGAAGGUUUAUGGGAAGACGUCUCACCUGCGGGCACACCUGCGCUGGCACUCGGGCGAGCGGCCGUUUGUCUGCACCUGGGCUCACUGUGGGAAACGAUUCACCCGCUCCGACGAGCUGCAGAGACACCGGCGCACACACACUGGGGAAAAGAAGUUUUCAUGUCCUGAGUGUCCGAAGCGUUUUAUGCGCAGUGAUCAUCUGUCCAAACACAUCCGUACCCACACAAAGAAGAAGCCGAUGGGGAGCGCCGAGAGUGGGCCGGACCAGACGCUCAUUACCAUGGAGACGCUGUCACCGGAUGGCAUGGCACGGUUAGCGAACAGCGGCAUCAGUGUGGUGCAAGUGGGAGACGUUCAUCCCAUUAACCUAAACACUAAUGGCUUCUAACUGCCACUAACCAGGUUCUGAUGGCUGUGAUACAGUUGUAUGUUUUCCUUUUUAAAUACAAGCCCUAAGCCAUUAUGCCGUCAUUAAGCCAUUAUGAUGUCACACAUUAUGUUUGUCAGAGUGAAUAAUUUAAACACUUAUUGCUUUGUUUUUGUAUAUAAAUUAUAUUUUUCUAAA